ACCGUGGGCAAGUUGGUGAUUUGUACAUACCGAACGGAUUAUCGGAGACUACCGUUAAUAUAUUGAGAGGUAUUGUGAACAUUCUGCAGCUCACCGUAAGAAGAACCCAGAAUACCUACAUAGUGCAAGAGAAUGGCAUUCAAGGCUUUUGCAAUAACAACUACUUGAUUCAAGAAAACCAAAAAACAAACCAAUUGGUCAUUACCAAAUCAAUAGACCUAAAUGACUGCGAGCAUAGGGAACAGAUGGUCAUCGGCAAUGCUUAUCUCCACACUUGUGCCAGCUGUAAGAAGAGAAACAAAAAUUCCAGAGCAACAACUACCUACAAUUAUAAGGUCAAGGGUACAGAGAUGGGAGGUCAUUUACUGGAGGCAGAGGUGCGAGAAAUCCACCAGUUCACACCAUUUAAUGAACUUGAGGGCUCCAUGGUGUUUGAAGCAAGGCAGAGACUUGUGUUACAAGCAGUUCAAGAGCAGAUUCAUUCGACCCCGGAGAAUAAUGACUAUAUUACCAAAGAGUCACUGCGCUAUCACUUUGAGAGGAAACUGAUUCAAACUCCUAUUCACUUGUUAAGAACAAAAAACACAGAAAGCCAGAUUAAUGAACGUAUGCAUCAGUUAGUACAACACAUUGUAGGACCGUCGUCUUUGUCAUCUCCAGAGAAGUAUAUGGAAAUGGUGCAUCUUUUGCGAGUAUCAGACUAUGAACAUCUCGAAAGCUUAUGGAAACAAUAUUCUGGAAGGACUCAUUACAGACGCUGGUUUUUAGAUGCAGUUCCAGCCAUCGGUAAUCAUUUGUCACUAAGGUUUUUAAAAGUGAAGCUCCGAGAACUCAGCGAGUUUGAAGCAGCACAGGCUGUACCACUGGCUUUACAUUUAAUUAAAGCGGAUCGGGAAGCAAUAGCAGAAGCUAAGUCCUUGCUGGAGGCUGUAAAGUCUAGACGUGGUUUUUUGCUACGGAAAGUAACCUACCUUGCGUAUGGAUCAUUGGUAUAUAAAUUCUGCAGCAUGGUGGAUUUCUGCCCAGAAGAAGCUCUGCAGCCUUUAUAUGAUCUUCUGUCUGAAGCAACUGAAACUGUUCAUAAAGAAGACAUCAUCCUGGCCAUGAAGACUUUUGGAAAUGCAGGACAAGUAAUGUGUAUAAAGCUUAUCAUGAAGUAUAUUCCAGGUUUCUCUUCCAUGGCUUCCAACCUACCACUACCAGUCCAGGCUGCUGCUAUAAUGGCCUUGAGAAACAUAGCACUUAAACAUCCUUCAAAGGUCUUGGAUAUUUGUCUUCAGUUGUAUAUGGAUUUGCAGCAACAUCCGGUAUUACGAAUGAUAGCCGCAGGGAUCAUAAUGGACAACAAGCCUCCAGCGAACAUUGUGAUGGCCAUGGCUAAGUCUCUGAUGAAGGAAGGUGACAAGCAUGUGGGCAGCUUUGUGUAUUAUUUAAUGAAGAGACAGAGCACAAGUGUCACACCUGAUCUGCAAGAUGUGGCUGCUAUCUGCAACAUGGCAGUUACAAUCCUGAAUUCCAAAUUUGAAGCCUCAAGAACCACAUGUAGUGGAUUUCAUUACUCCACAUUUACAGAUUCCCUCAUGUCUGGUAUUGAAAGCACAUUCAACAUAAUACACAAUCCAGCUGGUGUUCUCCCCGUAGCUGCUCUCGGAAGGUUCAAAACCCACUUCAUGGGGGUUUUUACUGAUCUGUUCGAGAUUGGCUAUCACGCUGAAGGACUUCAGGAAUUAUUAAUGAACAGACAUUUGUUCUCCUCUCAAAGUGGACUUCAAAAGAACAUUAUGGAUAUGCUUAAAAAGCUGCAUAACUGGAAACCCGAUUCUUCCACUGAGCCUCUCGCAUCAGUUUACCUGAAGUUGUUUGGACAAGAGAUUAUAUACCAUGAGUUGAACAAGAACUUACUAGAGAGUAUUCUCAAGUUUCUUUCUAGUGGCAGGUAUGCUACCCUACUACCAGCGGUGAAGGCUCUUCAGAAUGGUGUGGAUAUAAAUUGGUCUAAACCAUUGCUAUCCAGUGAAAAUUGCCACAUUGUGCCAACCUGUGUGGGUCUUCCCCUGGAAACCAGCUUGCAAUACUCAUCGGUCACAAGGGCUCAACUACAAGCCCAAGCUCACUUCACUCCCGAACCUAAAGACCCAAGUUUCGUCCAGUUAUUUCAACCCAACAUUAACCUGAAGUCCAAAUUUUCUCUAAGUAUGACUAAGGAUAUUGUCAUUAUGAUUGGGGUGAAUACCAAUAUCAUCCAGGCUGGAACGGAACUCCGAACACAAAUCAAUAUACUUCUCCCUGUAAAUGUGGAAGCUGCUAUCAAUGUGGAGCAAAAGCAUUUCAAAAUAGAUUAUAUUCCAAUUGAACAAAACAAUGAAAUUCUGUCUAUAAGGUCAAAAGCAUUUGCUAUAACAAGAAAUGUGGAGGAUUUAGCGGCUGCUAAAAUGACUCCGCUCGUAGCUGCUGGAACAGAACCAAAUGUACUGAAGCAGACCUUUAAUCCAAGAGACUUGUCAGCAGGGGACACGCCAAGGACCGAGGGAAAGUUUUCAGCAGAAGUUCUCGGCAAAGAGAAGGCAUACUGGUCCGGUCAGCCGCACAGGCAAGCGCACGCCCAGAGGUUUUCCAUUUGUGCUCAGAUAAGUCAUUUAGGCUUCCAGAUUUGCUUGGAGAAGAAUAGCGUGACAGCUGGUUUUGCCCAAAACUGUCCCUUUUAUCAUAUGAUUGGGGAUCAUUCUUUCAAGCUCAUAGUUAAGCCAGCGCACGCCGACACCUCAGUCGAGAAAAUACAAAUAGAAUUUCAAGCAGGGCCCGGGGCAGCUAUGAAAAUGGUGCGUUCAGUAAAUGUACAAAGAACUGAUGGUGAAACACACGAGAUGGAAAACCCAAUAGACCGCAUGGCUCUAUCAAAGCUGAAGAAAAUUCUCGGGAGUAGUAAUGUAAUGUUGAAAGAGGCUAACUUGAAGGACAAUGGAAGUACAUCAUCUAGUAAUAGUUCAUCUAAUUCUGGAAAUACCUCUGAAUUUUCAAUUGGUUCUUCAUCAUCUGCCGCAUCUGGUCAUAAAACACAAAUGAAGCAUAAAAAACAUCAUAAGCAUCAAAACAUACACCAUCACAAGGACCAAGGUAAUUCACAAAAAGCACACCAGUUUUCAAGGGAACAUCAUGAAACAGAACAUAUACAUAAACAUGGUCAGAAUAAAGAUAAGGAAAUGGAAAACCACUGUAAAUGCUGGCCAGAAAAGCAACAAAAGCAAACCAAGGAGCAACAUGGCCCAAUGGAACAUGAUAAACACCAUAAGAGCCAUGAACAUGAAGCAAGAAAACAUGAGAGUAACCAGAAAAUCCAGCAUGAAACUGGAAAAAACAAUAAUCCACAUAAGGAUGCUCAAGAUAAAGGUCAUCCUCAUUCAGGUCACCAAGAAGAACAUAAUGGCAAAAAAUGGCAGAAAGGAGAAGAACAUCAUCACGAUAAAAACGAGAAAAAAGACCAAAGAGGUGAGGCAGAAGACCAUAAACAGCAACAGAAGGGCCAACAUAGAAAAGAAGAACAGAAGGAGCAACAUCAAAUGGAUAAACUUGACAGUAGAAAUGUAAAACCUCAACGUAGUGGUCAAAAUGAAAGAAAAGGGGGCCAAUGGCAUGAGGACCAUGAUCAAACACAGUACCAUGACACAGAAAAACACCCUCAUCAAGCAAGUGGUCAUCAUGAACCAAAAGAUGAAAAACGGAAUUGUACUUGCUGUUGUAGACCUAAAGGAGAUCAUAAUAUAGGGCAUCAUGCACAAUCAGACCAACCUUCUCACAAAGGCCACCAUGCCUUAAAAUGCGACCAUUCACAUAAACAGGGCCAGAAAUGCAAAUUGCAAAGCAGUCGUAAGAAGCAUGGCAAUAAGGAUGCAAAAAGUUAUAAGAAACACUUGGAAAAGAAAAGUAGCAAAGAGAGGUACAGUGUUGGUCAAAAACAGAAAAAUAACCCCAAAAACACUCAUAAAGUCCACUGGAAAGCUACAAGAAAAACAGGCAAAACUAAUUUUGCACAUGUUAACAACUGUACUGACUGUGCUGAGAACACCCGCAUGUCUCAGGAAUCCCAGUACGACUCCUAUUCAAGAGAAUCAUCAAACUAUAUGGAACUUUUUGCCCCCCACAUUCACAUUGCUAAGUUUACGUCAACUUCCACUCUUCUGAAGUCACAGAGAAGCAGCAGCAGUAGCAGCAGAAGCAGCAGCAGCAGCAGUAGCAGCAGCAGUAGCAGCAGCAGUAGCAGAAGCGGCAGCAGGAGCAGGAGCGGCGGCAGCAGCAGAAGCGGCAGCAGCAGCAGCAGUAGUAGCAGUGGAAUGAACCCCUUACCAUAUGAGAACUUAUCUAGUAGAACUCCACCAAAUGUUGUUCUACUGGUGAAAUCCAUCAUGAGUAACGCCCAGCACCAAGGACUCCAAACCACAGCCUACAUUGAUACAAUGAAGCUGAAAGCACAGGUUGUCACAGUUUCUCUGGAUCACAAAAGUUCCUGGAAGACAUGUUUUGAUGGCUCUGUUUCUGCAGUUCACAAAGUCUCAGCGUUGCUGAGAUGGGGUGAUAAUUGCCAAGACUACAGAGUCGUAGGUCAAUUCUCCACAGGCAAACUAGCUGGAUCUCCAGCAGUGCAACUCUCAUGGCAGUGGAAAAGCCUCCCAACCUGGCUGAAGAGGGCAGCUGGGAGUCUCAUGACCUUUGCACCAGGUGUAGCGUACACAAUGGGAUUCUCAGAAAUGCACCAUUCAAAUCCAUCUCGCCAAGUGACUGUGAGGGUGGCAGCCGCCUCUACAGAUACGUUUGAUGCCAUCCUGAAGACACCAGAGCUGACAUUUUAUAAACAAGCCGUGCCCAUCCUGUGGGAUCUUUCACUUGGCACUCGCUUGCUCGGACACCUUCAUCUAAUUGAACUCACAAAUCUUACAAAAGUAUCAUCGAUGGUCACAGGUACCCAGGAAGAUCAAUGUGAAGUGGACCAGGAGAACAUUGUAACAUUUGACGGAAAAAAGCUGGGCUGCUCUCUAUCUGCUAGAAAUUGCUACACGGUGAUCGCACAAGACUGUACCAAUCAAUUAAGAUUCUUCAUCACGAUGAAGAAGAUGGGUCAAGGAUUUUCAACCUUUGAAAUGAAUGUCAAGCUGGGAUCCUCCGAUAUUAAAAUCUAUCCCAACUCUUCAGAGGAAUUCCGUGUUCUUCUGAAUGGAAUGUGGCUGCACUUACAGGACGAUACAUAUACAAGUAAUAAAGACUGGUUUACCAUUCGUAAGAACGCAACAACCGUGACAUUAAACGCAUCAAGGAACGGUAUUGAGCAGAUUUUAUUCAAUGGACAAAUAGCCAAGAUAAAGCUUUCUCCUCUGAUGCGUGGGAAAACGUGCGGCCUUUGUGGGAAUGCCGAUCAAAAUCCAGAAACUGAUUUCAAAAUGCCAAACCGUGAAACGGCCAGGAGCUGCACCGCUCUGGUUCACUCAUGGACAGUGCCAGUGGAUUUAUGUGGAUCAGGUUGUGCGCUGGGCCGCCAAUAUAUUAUGCUGGAAAAUGAGCUUAUUGAGGAACUUCACUCAACUUGUUAUUCGACGGAGCCGGUAUUAAGAUGUGCGAAAGGAUGUCACCCAGAAACAACAGUGCCAAUCACUGUCGCGUUUCAUUGCCUUCCUACAGAAUCAGCCAUGGGACUGGAGGACUGGCAAGCUAACCCCAAAGUGUCAUCAGAGGACCUCAUUAAAAAAGUGGAGGCACCUACCAGCUGCCUGUGUACGGAAGAAUGUGCCAAAAACCAACAGGCGCAGAUGUAGCAGAGCUGAAUCCGUCGGUCUAGACACCUGCAAAAUGAUUCCCGUUCCCAUUGCAAAUCGAUCGUCGCUUGCACGAAAUGGCAAGCUCAUCAUGCGCGCCACGUCCCACAAUACCCAAAAUCGAGAAAGAGAACAUAGUUCAAAGCAGUUAAUUCAUGUAAAAUCAGUGUCUGCCGCUAGGUCUGUACUUUUCUAUGUAUUCUGAAAACAGACUUUUGCGUUGUGAGACUAAUAAACAUCAGGUAACCUGACAGAAGGUUGGUAAUUGAAAACAUGUAGCGUCUCCGUGAUUACUUAACAUUUACGACCGGGCCUCUCAUUGCAAGCGGAAUAAAAUUCAAAUGAUGUAAUACGUUACAAGUUUGUGCGGUGCGAUCCAUCGCCCGCUGUCACCCGGUACAGCAAGUUUGUUACGGAACAUUAGCGUUACCAGGAGAAUGCCUCCGAUGCAAGACUUCUUUUAUUUUCACACAUCUGUAGCGCACAGCAGGCUCACAGUUUGGUUACAGUUCAAUUCUUACAACUGGCAGUUUGCAAAUGAUUCUCAUAGCGGUGACAAGUGUAAUGUGUCUGUAUAUCUCGGAGGCAGAGCAUUGCAGCCCGGCUGCUUCGAAUCAGCAGGGGGUAGGGAUUAUACCGCUGUCAUAUCUCAAGAAUAUACGGAAUUACAGACGCAUUACAUGGACGGGGGAGGGGAGCUGGGCAGGGGAGGAGGGUUGGAAUCCUCAGGCUUCAGAAGAGCUCGUCGCCUCCAUAUGCAUUAUGUGUUAUUUUUUCAUAACCGUCAGUGUGCGGAUCCGUAGUUUUAAGUAUUUUCAAUGCAUUUUUCGUCAGAUAGACGAACGCGUGGCGUCUCCAUACAUAUUUGUUUUUCUAAUACCAGAGGGCAGAUAAAUAAUUAAGCGGGCUUCAGAGAUAAUCGUUUUUAGAUAAGGUUGAUUUUCUCUGCCAUCGAAGGAGUAGAAAAAGGAAAUGGAGACAAAAUGUAAUUUUGAAAUGUACCAUUUAUUUUUAAUUUUUUUGCAUAAAAUGUAUCGGUUAUAACAAGGCCUGCGAUCAAUGUUUAU